ACUAAGCGAGUCCUUGGCACGCUACUUCCCCUGAGGAUGCCAGGUCCUGGGAGUCCUUUGCUAUAUAAGUCGCUGGGACUCUUCCCGCUGUGCAGGCCUGUAAGGACCCUUGCUCAUCACAAUGAAUGCUCUUCUGGGAAGACUUGUGGUCUUGGCCAGCUUUGUGAUGCUCUGCAAUGGCCAGUGCUAUUUCAUACCCAACCCACGUGCUCCAGGCGACUUAUUGAAGGAAUGCAAGGAUCUCAGUGGGGCCACCUACGCGAUGAACUCCAAGUGGAAGAAUGAGAAAUGUGAGGAGUGUUCUUGCAACCCAACUGGAAUUGACUGCUGCAACACUGUUGCUGUACCUGUGGGUUUUAACAAAGAGGAAUGCAAGAAAUUAUUCAACAAGGAGACCUGCACCUAUGCAGUGGUGGAGAAAAAGAAUCCAGAAAAGAAUUGUCCUGUCCAGCAAUGGCUGAUGUAAUGUGCUUCUCAUGGGCCCGUGGCUCCCAGCCAGGGGGGUUCCAGGUCCUCCAAGGUCAGGCCUCAUUCUCCUAUGGCCCCUACAGACUAUGAUUGUAUAACCCUACCUGUUACUAAAAAAAUAAAUAAGUAAAA